ACGAAAUUAACAAGAGGUAUACCUAUGACUACAGUGUGACAGUUUCCUCAUUUUUCAAUGGAAUGUCUGCUGAUGACGCCAGUGUUGUUCUGAACUGCAAAGCAGCCAUAGAAGUUGUGGACAACUGUGAAAUGGUUUUGAAGGUUUCUGAGGUUAUGAUUCAAGAUAAGAAUCAAAACGGUUCAUUUUCAAUUUCCAAAAAUAAUGAAUACCUCGAAACGUCCUUGAUGAGAUACGAUUUGCGCUUCGGUUAUGACAUAGGCCGCAUUUCAACGGUUUGCCCAAAAGAAGACGAGGAAACAUGGGUAUUGAAUAUCAAGAGGGGUAUUUUAUCUGCUUUCCAAGGCACUUCGUUGCAAGUGAUUGGGGCAUCAGAACCGGAACAGAUGUCUGUUGAGACGGAUGUUACCGGUAUCUGUCCUGUACAACUGAAGAGGGUUAGUAAUUUUAAGACUAUUAAGUUAAAAAACUUCGAAAGAUGCAAACAACAUAUCAAGAUAGACUCUUUUCUCCAGGGCACUCAAUUUCUAUCCUACGCACCAACCGUGAGUGUUCUGAACAGCAGUCAAGUCUGUAAACAGACAUGGUCUAAUAAGAAGCUUCAGCGAACACUGUGCCAAGAGAAACACCUUGUUAUACCAUUUUCUAGCGGCGAAAAUGGUGCCCUUUCUACCGUUAUACAAUCCAUGCAGAUUACAGAUAUUGACACUAAUGUCUCGUCUUUUGACGGUGAAUUUAUCAACAGGAAGACUGAUAUUCUCUUUGAACAUGUCAAACAUAGUAAUUGUCUUAGCACGCAACAGUUUAUUGCAACUCUUAAUGAAGUUUGGAAUAAAAGCAGUUUAAAUAUUCAUCCAGAGGCUGCUAAACUGUUCACAAAGGUUAUCUUUCAAAUGCGCAAACUCAAGCAAAAACGGCUCCAGCAAGUGAUUGAUAGGGUUCUUGAUGACAGUCCAUGCAAUGACCGGCUCGCAUUCAAGAACUUUGUAUUAGAUUCACUUCCACUCUGCGAAACCACGGCGUGCGUCGGUGUAAUGACCAACCUUAUUAAAACUAGAAGUGUGGAACCAAAAUUGAUCGAUGCAUGGGUUAUGUCUUUUGCAUUCUUGCGUCAUCCAACUGCUGAUAUGAUCAAUGAUAUUACGAACUUGUUUACAGAGCGUGAAUCCUUGAGUAAAAUAUUAUACCUUCCUCUCUCUGUCAUGAUUCAUCAAUUAUGCAAUGAGAAUAACAACUGUAUGGAUUUGUAUCAAAUAAGAAGGGCACUCGAUUUCUUUGGACAAGCACUAGGUGCUGAUUGUCACACAGUCAGUGACGACCAAAAGUUAACGGUGUUGCUGGCAUUAAAAGCCCUUGGUAAUUCGGGACAGGCCUUUUCUAUUAUUCCAACUCUUGAUCGAUGCUUUAAAAGAAAAUCUAACCAAAUCGAUGUUCGUAUUGCAUCUGUGGAAGCAUUCCGUCGCCUUUCAUGUGGAAAAGAAAACCGUGACAGCUUAUUCGACUUGUAUGAAAAUACGAGCGAAGAUAUUGUUAUUAGAAUUAAGGCAUUCCGUGGAGCCAUGAAAUGUCUAGAUGCCGACAAGGUGGAAAGAAUAAUACGACAAUUGGCAGUAGAGACGUCCGAUCAAGUUGGUUCUUACGUGUGGAGUUUCGUGAAGACUUUGAAUUACAGUUCAGAUCCAAAAAAUCAGGAACACCGAGAAAUUCUACGGAAAAGUGAAUUAUUUAAAGAAUUUCAAGAGGACCCCAGAAAAUUCUCCCGCAAUAUUGAAUCGUCCUAUUUCACUGAAUCUACUGAUAAAAGUGUUACUAUUGAAACUGAUGUUGUCUUCUCAUCGACGUCCAUCAUUCCCCGCCGAGUUUCAGUAGCUUCCAGACUUAAUCUAUUUGGAUUCUCAAUCGACCUUUUCGAGAUUGGUGGUCUUAUUGAAGGCACUGAUUACUUACUUGAGCCACUGGUUGGACCUAAUAGUUUCUUCAAACCCGAAGUUCUUAUGGAUCUCAUAACGAGGCCAAAGAAACACCAAAGACGUGCCACCAUUAGGAAUGGUACAUUCGAUAAAUUGCUAAAAAACUCCAACGUCAAAAGCAGAGAUAUGAUCCACGGAUCUGUGUACUUCAAAAUCUUUGGAAACGAGCUCGGAUUCGUUGACUCGAGACAAUUAAGGCAAUUGAUAGAAGAAAUUGAAUCUUUUAGUAUUGUUCAGUUGGUUAUGAGGCUUGCAAAUAGGAAGACAAUUGAAUACAGCAAGAAUAUGUUAAUUGAGGUACACAGUGAAGUGCCAUCUUGUGCUGGUUUUUCUAUUAAGAUUUCAUCCAACAGCAGUGCCUUACUACAACUUAGGGCUUCUGGAAAAUUGACAUCUGUAAAACCACGCAAUUUAGAUAUAUCCGGAAAAGUCGAGCCAAGUGCGGUCAUUGAAGUAAGCUCAAAAAUGGAAGUUGAUUGUUUUGUUACAAGAAUUGGAAUACAACACGUUUUCUGUGCUCACACUUCAACAUCACUAGAGGGCAGUGUCGUAAUGACUUACGGCAAACUCUUUAACUUGAAUCUAAAUGUACCUGAAAGAAGAAUUGGCGUCAUUAAUGUAAAAUCUAGUCUGUAUUUGAUUCGCAAAGAGAAGAAGAUGGAACUUCAAAAGAGCUCUGAUAUGCAUUCUCAUCCAUCGGUUGUGUGUACAAACUCUAAUUUUGAGAAAUAUUUCGGUGUUGUUAUCUGUAGCAAAGUCAAUCACACACACUCUCCAAGUUUCUUAAUGCCCAUAAUAUUUGACAUCGAACUUUAUAUAGAGAGACGUGACAAGUCUCUUACGAAAUACACCAUGAAAGCCUUAUAUGAAAAGAAACAGAAAACAGUUGGCGAAAAGGUUUUAAUCACUGAUAGGUUGGUUCACAUUAUGGUCGGUACCCCAAACACUACCGUAAAACGUACCUACUCCGCUGACAUCUCAUAUAACCAUGGACAUCAAAACCUAACCAUCAAAGUAGUAACACCAACACAAACGACUUCGAUAUCAGGCUCUGUACAAAGAAGUAGUGGUUUAGAAAAGCUCACAUACGUCAUUGAGUUGAAUCUUGGUGGUCGCCUUGUCAAUGCUAGUAUAGAUGGAGAGGUUUUUAAGACGGAUAACGUCAUGUCCACAGCAAUUAAUUUUCAAUAUAUACCACCCAAGCAAUACCGCCGAACACUAAAUUUUACAAUGAAGUUGACCAACAACACAGACGAGAAAUACAACGCCUACGAUUGUAUGAUCAGUAUGAACUACUCACAGAAUACUCGGUUAGAUUUCCGAAUCGACUCAAGCACGAAAUACAAUGUACUUCACUCUGAGAGCACACAUCGCAUUUGCUACGGUAGAUAUGAAUGCCAAGCCGACGAGUUGAUUACAGUUGAGCACAACUCUAACUUAACCAAUUUAGGAACCAGCCUGCAAAGGGAAACUGAGUUUAGUAUACGAUACACUGAUCGCUGGAAAGAUGUCAUAGUGCAUCGUAUAAUCCAAAGUUUGACAAGAACUCCAACUUUAUUUAAUUUUACUAUAGACAGUGACCAUUUUUAUUUAACUCCUAAUGGAGAUUCUAUCUCUAUUCGUUCUCUCAAACCAAAGCUUAAUUUGAUAAUUGAAGGAACAACAGAAUUACCAAGAGGCUCUUUAAUAUUUGAAGUUACCUCUCUAUUUGGAAAUAGCCAACUUACUCAGACAUGGAACAAAGUGUCAGAAAACCGAUUUUCGGCUAUUACAACUAUGACCAUAGCUGGUAGUACCAGUACAAUAGAUAUUACCUGGGAAAAGAGCAAAAUGAAAACUGACGAAUGCACAAAGAAUAACAUUAACAUAUACAUCACUACGCCUGAAAUGAUCCUAGUUAUAGUCGAAUAUAGCAUUGAAACAAGCAACAGCGAAGUACAUACAGAAUUAACCGCAAUGAAAAAUGAUAUUAGAACUGUAUUCGUAGGGUUGGCGCUAGAAGACACAAGCGACAGUCAAAAGCUGAAAAAGGAGUUGUCAUUAAAUUGCAUGAUUCCUUCACUGAAGGCAUUGGAAGAUGUUACCUUACUCAUGGAAACAUCUGUCACCCUUACACCAGGAGGACAGGAAGACAUACAAUUUGCUGUCACCCCUGACAACAACAAUAAAAAAGACGAGACAGAAGUUGGACAUGAAUUCACUAUCUCUCUUGAAGCUCCAAACCAGAGUAUAUCAGCUAAUUGCUCAUUCAUUCUCCAUGAAUCUUCAGUUACGUCUAUAUUCUUUGUAACAUAUGCCCCAGACAAAAUGAUAAAAAACACAUUGAUCGUCAAUGACAGAAGCCAAGAGUACCAGAAAAUGCUAGCAGUCGAAUUGCAUACUACUACGCCAGAAUGUUCAAUUGGUGUUGAUUUCAUUCACAGAAACACAGAAACAAAGUACAAUCCUCAUUUAGAAAUCUCAUUUAACAAUGGUACUGUUUUAAAUUCUGAAGUAAUCUAUGAAGUCAAGCAGAAUGGUAACAAAAGGGAUCUCAAAUGGGUAUUCGAUUUCUCUGAAGACCAGCAUGAUCUCGAAUUAAAAACUACUUGGACCAAUAAUAACUCUGACAAAAGCUUUGGAUUCACAGUGUCACAAGCUAGUGAGCAGACAGCAAAAGUUGACUUUAACUUAGUUUCCUUGAACACAGAAGUUGAAAAAAAGUAUGAUAUUUCUAUGAAUGUUCUUAACACCUAUAUUACUGGUUAUGACAUAAAUUCCGACUUUAUAUUUUCCCAAAAGGGUAUCCAAGAAUCCAUCAUCAUUGGAACUAACAUCUCAACUAAUGGAAAACUAAAGAUCGAUCUUGAGACUAGUAUGAAUACGAUUUAUUCGACAUCGGACGACAGGAAAGUUGUAUACAUCUUCAAGAGCAAGCUACCACAACUCUACGAAAAGCCCUUUGAAAAUAUUGUCUUCAACUUUACAAGUGAGAACCAGAAUGAAGAUGUUUCUCAAAGCGUUCGGUUAUCGUACGGUGAUCUCAGUGAGGAUUCUAGUAUAUGUAUCGAUCGUUUUAGUGAGAAACAUAGCCUCGGUAUGAAUAAUUACCAUCACCAAACUCUUCGUAUCAAACACCCAUAUGGCUUACAAAAUAUUCCUCAAGAUAUUUCAUUGGAUAUUAGUGACGAGGUCAACGAUAUUGAACGAUCUUCAAUGAUCAUGUACGUCGGAAAUGGAUUAACAACUACCAUAGCAAGCAAAUACACAAAUAAAACAAAUGAUAAAAAGAUAAACCACAAGGCUGAAGUGAUCAUAUCCAGGCCAGAUGAACACGAUAUCAUAAUUAACGGAGGUGGAACAUUAUUUGGCGGUGAUACUCUAGUCAGCACUGAUCUGAAUGUAUCGUACAGCAACGACAGAAAUGAGGACAUCAAUUUUAGUUUUGAUCUAUCUAACAAAACCGUAGAUCAGUACAGCAGUGACUACACUUUAGGAAUGGAGGCACAAAACGUAUUCAGUACCAUAGAUGGUAAACUUGUCUGCUCUGUCACAAAUAAUACUGAAAACGGUAGCAUUGUUUUGGAAUCACAGAUCGCUAUUGAUGAUGAGUGUAUACCGUUUGCCUUUGAGGGGGAUUUCAACAGAGAGUCGCAAGAUUAUCAGAUCCACACAAAUGAACCCGAGCGUGAAAUGUGGUUCAGUGGCCAUAUGGUCAAUUUGGGCAAUCAAUACGAUGACACCGUCAUACCUAGCUACCCAGAAGUGGAUGUUAUCAACAAAAAUUCAAAAUAACUUCGAGUUUGAUGGUAAAACAGUAUGAAAGCAAUUUCGAAAAGAGUUUCGCGUCAGGAAACUCAUUAAGGAAUGAUGUUUGGCCCUACCUAUCGUGUUGUAGUGAAUACUGAGUACGUUACUAAAAA